AUGGCGGCGGACCAGGUGGCUGAUGAAAUUGCCAGGGACGAUGCUACUUCGGACACCACAGAUGCACUCGAACGCGACGAGGAUGCUUCCGAAGCUCAAGCUCAGAUCAUCGCAUCAUUGCGCUCCCAGGUAACCGACCUCUUCACGCAAGUUACACAGCUCAACAGCAAGCUCGUUGCGUCGUACGAUCGCGUAUCCGAUCUUGAGGACCAGCUUCAUGAAGCCUCGUCCUCCCUGCGCAAUUCAUCGAUCACGAUCUCGUCACUGGAGCUUGAGCGCGCCGAGCAUCUUGCAGCCCUCAAUACUGGCCUAUUGGUUGAAAAGGCACACGUAACAGCCGAGUUGAACAGACUCAUGGAGCGUGCUACAGAGGAAGCUGCUCAGCGUGGUCAGGCAGAGAGCGCACGCCACGAUAUAGAGAAGGACCUUGACGAUCUCAGUGCUACAUUGUUCGACCAAGCUAACACCAUGGUCGCCGAAGCCAGACUUAACCAAGCACGCAGCGAACGGAAAGUAAGGGAGGCUGAAGAGGCCCUUAGGAGUGCCGAGGAGGCGGUCAAGGUCAUGCAAAGUCAAAUGCAGGCUCUCGAGGCUGACAAGACGGCAGCCGAGAGAGAAGCGACGGGUGCUCGGAUUACGAUGGGUAAGGGCAAAUGGGUUGAACGGUCUGAUUCUGAGGGAGAUGCACCGAAGUUGCGCUUUCUAACAAUCCAUACCCCUUACGCGGAAUUUGCUGCACUCGUUGCGUACCUGCGGACCCUUAGAACGUCGCAACUGACGCCCCCUACCAUAUCUUCGCUUCUUAAUCAACCUUUCCUUGCACGUCUCAACACAGAGGACUUGGAGCCGACCGUACGUCUUGACCUUGCGCCCUCGCUCAAUUGGCUGUCCCGUCCCUCGGUCCUUGCUGCCAUACACACUGGUAUGCUAAUCAUCGAGCCGAUGCCGUUCUUGAAUUUAGUUCAGGAAUUGAGCUCACAGUCCCGGACAAUCACCACUGUUUCAUGUUCUCUUUGUGGCACGCGUAUAGCACGUCUUACCCCUGGGUCGGCUCGCGAGAAACCUCCCGGUCACCCCCUCGCUUCUCUCACACGUUCUAGCAGUGCGAGCUCAAACUCGUGGUUCAAGUAUCCCCUUGUGUUAUCAUCCCCUACGCCUGGGAGUGAAGUCACCUUUUCCCAUUUGCAGGAAAACGCACAUCCAGAGCUUGUUUACGUUUUCCGUGUCGUCACUCAGACAUCUUCCCAGCCACCACCACCUCUCGCCUCUGUACAUUCCAAGCAGGGGUCAAGUUCCCCAGUUUCGACGUCCUCACGCCUUCCUGUACAUUCUUCUACAACGUCUCGUGCACUACCUGCUCAAUCAAAUAAUUCGCCGCAUCCCCUGUGUACAUCAAAUUACUGUCUUCUCCGCCUCCGCACCACCUGCUCUUUGUGGGCUUUUGUGCGCUCUGGCAUCAUUGAGCGGAUAUGGCAGGAGGAAGUUACCCAGCUUCCGAGCUCUGCUAGUGCUGAUAGAAUAACUAUAAACGGGAAUGGGUCGCUCAAUCCACCGUCAACUCCGCGAAGCAGCCAACCGACCUUGCCAAGCGCAUCUGAAAAGCCUCCUGUUCCUCCGCGUAGGCGAAGACUCUGGGAUAUGGCCGUUAGUUGGGGGAAGGAAGGAGGGGAGAGCCUCAAACUCAAAGAUAAGGAGAAAGAGAAUAGUGCUCCCAAGCGACUACCGUCACCCCCACCAUCACACCCUUCCGUGCCCCAUCCCCAUGGACAGCCUUCCCGGCUAACGUCCCAGGUUCCACCCGCUCUCCCAAAACGCAGUGAAACGCGGAGUACAACCCCUGAGGGCGCCACAGCUGAUACCAGCGCAGGGUGUUCAGCUAACAGCACUGUGCCCAACACAGAACCAGUUGCUGUUGAUAGUACUGCAGUAGGUCUGGAGCAAAAAGAUAAACAUACAUCAUCCGAGUCGUUCGCUACUCCAACGGAUGAAGUGGAAACCCCGCUUCCUGCUCCAGUUGUUGGGGUUAAUGAUGAGGUACCUGCCAACGUACAAGAGGAGCAAACUUCUACUAUAAUACCCUCGGAGUGCCCUAUAUCCUCGCAAACUGUCUCCCAACCGCAAACGCCCCCGGCUUCAGUCUCCCCGCCUCGUUCGCGGGUGGGCUCACCCAUUCCCCAAUCUGUGGCUUCACCUAUGUCGCUGAGUCGCUCACGGGCUGGAUCACCUGCAUCUGGCCGCCCUUCUUCUCCUUUUCCACCCUCGAGAACAGGUUCCCCUGUACCGCCACAGGGCGCGCCACCGGUGCCGCGACGGGCACCUGCUAGGCGAGCUGCACCGUUGCCCCCGUCAACGCCUAUGCCGGAGCGGCCAUCCGCACUUCCUACUCGGCUGAAAAGGGAAGGGACCAAGAAGUCCAAGGAGUCUGAAGGUUCGAAGGUGGUAGAAGCACCGAAAACAAGUGUUGCGGUCACAACCUCCAAUCGUGAAGAUGGUGGUGACAGUGAACCUUCCUCUACGUCAAUUGAUGGGCGACCAGAGAAUGUUGAUACUCCCGCUGGACCACCCACUGGGGAUAAACGGGCCGGACUAUCUACGGACACUACCUCGCCAUCAGAAAGACAGACUCCAGCCCCUUCUGAACCGGUUGACGUGCCACCAGAGGUACCUACUACAACCUCAGAAGCGACGGCGGCUAAACAUAAUAAGCAUUGUCCAAGCAUUAACACCGAAGGUUUCGCUGGCGAUGGGACGUGGGAAGAACGCACUUGGAAAGAGGUGAUUCGCCUGAGGGAAGAAAUGUUUUGGGCUCGUGUUGGGUGUGUGCGAGAGUUGUGA